AGGUGACUAAGUUCUGCGACGUUCAAACCCACAACAGAGAGGCUCCAACGAAGCAGAACGCGCUGUGUGACGGUCGCUCAGCCUGGGAAGUCAUGAGAGAACGCCAGGACUUCCGGGAGCAGAGGUUAGCGGCGAAGCUGGCGGCUCCCAGGGCACCACAGCUGUACUUCAUCCGUCAACCCACACAGCGCUUCGUCCUCCUUGUGGAAGACACAACCGUCAUGAACGUACAGCGUCGCUGGGAGUUCGUCCGCAAGGCAGUGCGUCGGGUGGUCGUGUACGACUUGCCAAAUGGAGCCCAGGUCGCCGUGGUCGUCUUCAAUGCUGAGGACAAGGAGGCGGCCCCACUCUCCACUGUGCUUGAGUCGACUGUAUCGGACCUCCGGGAGAGAGUGGGUUCGUCGCUGCCCAGGAAUCCGUCCAACGUAAGGGAGAGUCAAGCCUGCGUCGCCUGCGGCAUCAGGAGGGCAGUGAGAGUGCUGGAGGAGGGAGGAGCUCCCCCACAGGCAGCCAACAUAGUUCUGGUAACGAGUGGAGGUGACGGCAGGGAGAGCGAGGCAGAAGAAGUGCAACGUCUGGUGCAGCGAUACGGCCUACGGCUUCUGCUGGUGCUGUACCCGCUGGCGGAGCGCCCUGGUUUACCAGCGCCUCCACACGCCCUCGUGCCCAUUGCAAGAGAGUCUGGAGGAAGCGUCUUCACCGUCAUGGAUGAAGGUGUCGGCAACGACUCGAAGGUGAGUAUGCUGGUGUCCUUAAUGGAGGCGCUAACCGCCGCCGUGGCCGCUGGAGGAGCCACAACACCUGUGUUGAUCCACAGCUCAACCUACCAGGGUGGUAUAGCUUCUGAUAGCACCGGCUAUUUCUCCCUCGACGACUCCCUCGCCGCCAACGCCCGUUUUGCCGUCUACUACUACGAUCUGAACCAUGUCGGCAACACCAUCCACCUGACCGCCCCCUCAGGAGCCAUCUUCGCUUCCGUCAACAUGCAAGAGGAGGAUGGAGACGUAAACAUGAUCUUUAUCAAUCUACACAACGCCGAGCGUGGUAUUUGGAAAUAUAAGGUGGAGAACCGGGCAGAUUCCCAUCAGGCUUUGCACAUUCAAGUUACGUCACUCCCGAGCUCCUCAAAUGACGUGUCGGUACGAGUCUGGACCAAUCAGGACACUGAAGAUGUUAUCACUACAGAUGUCAUUCAACCAAUUAUUCUCUAUGGAGAAAUUAAGAUGGGAGGAGCAGCAGUGAUGGAUGCUGCAGCGAUGGCAACUCUUCAGAGACUGGGCACCAACGCUACAGGGGGCACCUACCCCCCGGUGAAGGUGCCCCUCCUUGAUCUGGGAACCGGAGAUCCGGACAUCACGCGGGGAGACGGCGUUUACACGCGGUACGCUCCGCCUCUGGACGGACCUGCCCGCUACGCUCUCCUGCUCACUGUGGACGCUGGCAAAGCUGUGUUGGCCUUAGCACAGACGCACGUCAGAGAUCACGACCUCAGACACCACAGACACGCCUAUACCAAGGAGCUGGCCUUCGGUGGCUUUGAGGACGACAGGUCGUGGGCGUCUCCCUCCUGCUGUGGUACUGUCGUCCCCUACGCCCAUACGCGGGAGUCGCCACCUUUCACACGACAGGUUACAGGACCUACGCUCGAUAUCCUUGAGGGUCAUGUUGUCAGCAGAGACAAGAUUCCUCCUGCCAAGAUCAUGGACCUGGUGGCCUGGGUGAACCACUCCAGCGGACGGGUGGUGCUCGACUGGACAGCGGUGGGCGAGGACAGGGACUGGGGACGUGCUCAUGUCUACGAGGGUUACGUAGCUCCUACCAAGUCUCAGGCGGCUCUCAAGUGCACAGGAGAGAGGAUCAGAGGACUCCCAGUUCCAGCUCCGGCAACUAACAAGGAGAGGGCGGCCGUCGCUCUCACCGUCCAUGAGAAGAAGGUGUUGUGGGUGUGUCUGCGUGCGGUAGACAGACACGGUAACCGAGGUCCACCCAGCAACCCUGCAGCUCUUUGGUUGCCUCGACCCCCAGCCACCGAUCAGGUCACCAUCAGAGCCAGAGGCCCUGGAGGAUCGGGUUUGUCUUCAGGUCUGGGCGGGUACGGUGCGGAUGCGGGUAUAGUGGGCAGCGAGAAGGCCGCAGUGAUCAGUGGGUGUGUAGGAGGCCUGCUGCUGGUGGUGAUCCUCGUUGCCACUUACUGCUACUGCCUGCCGUCUACUCUCAAGCGACGCCUCAACAGGCGACGCCAGCAACCUGAAGACCCGGAGAAGGCCGCCGCUAGUCUAGUCAACGGCGGGAGUGUCGUGGUGAGGUCCUCCUCCCGCGGCAGCAUCCUACUCAACCAGGACCCUGAAUCUUCGCGCCAGGACGCCACGGACCUGGCCGAUACUCCUUCUGAGGAGAGAAGGGCUACUUGCAAGUCUCCAGAGCUCCAGCCUCCUGCUUGUGAGAUCAUGCACGUGGAGCAGGUGUCCCCUUCCCCUCUUAGGCGGGAAGGAGACGGCGAGGAAGUUAUGGGACGUCGGGGACUCUCUAUGUCUAUUCCUGACGUGACCAAAGUGGAGCGCUGCUCACGGGAGGCAGAGGAACCUCCUAGUAUGCCUACCGUUCCCACCCCACAGUUCUACACGCUGGGGCGCCAUACUCGGGCCACUAACCGGAGUCCUCUCCGUGGUCCUAACGGCCAUAUCUACGGCUCUAGCGACCUGAGUUACCAGCAGGAGCAGCAGCAGCACCCCGUCAGGUACAGCACCGUGGGCGCCCCGCAGUACUACAGCGUCGUCCGUCCACAUCCAGUACCCGUGUCGCAGGAGCCAUACAGUGACGACGACGCACAAUACUCAGAUCAGCUCCUGUGUGACGAUCGCGGGGCAUCACCGCCCCCACCAGCGCCCGCAGAUCACGCCCACGCCUACAGUGACCUGCACCGGCACUCCGCUGCCCUCUUGUAGGAUGCUACCUGGGACACAUCCCACAACCGAAGUAUAUUAUUAUGUUUCUGAA